AUGGGCUCCGCGGCGUCAUCGAAACUCUCGGAAAAGCUGGGUGAUGCUUCAUCGCAGCAGCUCUCUGACAUCGUGUCAGGGUUGAGCCACGAUGAGAAAGGCAAAAUCCAAGCGGCUUUGGCUGGAAUGGCCGGACCGACAGACACCCUCGACCCUCUAGAUGCAAAACUGGCCAACCUGCAGACCUUGAGGGAUGCUGCCGAUGAUGCGUUGUUCAGCACGUCUUGGUGGGGCUUCUAUGCCAAGAAGUUUCCCAGACGAGCCGCGUCUCUGGACGAGUGCAAAAUAUGGGUCCUUCGGUCUGCGGGUGGAUACCCGAGCUUGUGCUAUGCGGUUGGUGAACCCAAUGAGCCGAAGCACCUUUAUAGCCGCCAAUACUUCUUGCUCAGGAACCAGUGGGAUGACCGUGGCAUCCAGUACUGGUACGCCGACGCGUGCGCCAACGGCGUGCUCGAUGUCACCGAUCCGGAUGAAGAUGAAGCCUUCCGAAGCGAGUCGGAGAAGCAGUCCUCGGUUGAAUCGUCUUGGCCGCCUUUGCCGGUUUUUACUCACGAUAUGCAGGCCAUGGUGCUUCAGAUCGUCUUGCCAACGGUGAUGAGGAUUGACGAGUCGCACAGCGCAGAUGGCCGCAGCCUGGAGGACCUGGGGUAUAGCUACGGCGAGGAUGUGGAGCAGGGAACGGAACCGGAUAAAUACGGUGGCGAAGUCCGCAUCUGGCGUAAUGAGCUGCUCGGCAUGGGCAGAACCGAGAAGCUGCGCCAGUUCAAGGCGUUGCAGCUGCUGUCUGCAGAUGAUUUCUCACCGUCGCCGGCAGAAGACUUGGAUCGUGGUCCUGCGAUUUCCAACGAGUUCCGCGAUCUGGUUGAGCGGCUGGUGCAGCAGCAUGUGACCGAGCUGUCCGAGUACAGGACAGAAUCAGGCCGUUAUGGCCACAUCCAGGCUCCAGCUCAGCCGAAGCCUUCCCGGUUGAAGAACAGAAAGCCUCCUCAGAGAAGGCGCUCAAUGAACGCGGAGGAUGUCUUGACAGCCUGGGACAAUGAGUACAACAACGACAACGGCAACGUUAACCGUCCUUACUCGAUACAGACGACAGCAGAUUUCAGCGAGUCUUUGACGACGUCAAAGAACACCAAGUCAUCCAAAGGUACUGAGUCUGGACCUCCCGUUCCAUACGGUUGGCGGCGGCGCCCGACGUUUGAGGAGUUCCAGGACUUCCUGCAGUCCAGCAAGUUUGAGAUCCUGAUGACUUCAGUGCUGGGCCUUCACGUGCUCUGGAUGGCAAUGGAGCUGCAACUCUACGGAUCUUUGAUGGGUCUUGACCUUGGCAUCCUUGAGACCAGUGACGUACCGAGAUCCGAGUGGCCUCACUGGGAAGCCGUCUUCCGCUACGGCGACACGGCCUUCACAGUCUUCUUUACCAUGGAUGUGGUGAUCCGAGUGAGCAUUCUUAAGCUGAAGUUCUGGAAGGUCUGCCUGAACUAUGUGGACGUGGCUGUGACCGUCGCGUCCCUUUUCGAGCUCACUUCACGCGUGUUCCUCCUACCGGUGAAUCCGGUCCUUUUCCGGCUACUUCGGAUUUUCAAGUUGGCGCGAGCUCUUCGAAUGGUGACCAUGACGAAUGUCCUGUCGUCCCUCCAGUUGCUCAUCAAAUGUUUGAUGGCAAGUAUCGAUAUGCUCUUCUGGACGUUCUGCUUGCUUACCUUCUUGCAGUGCGUGGCGGGCAUGAUCGUCAGCACGCUCUGCCGCGACUUCAUUGAGAACCCAGAAUUCCUCCUCGCGACACGUGAAGAAGUUUACCGUUAUUAUGGUAGCUUUACACGUACUUUUUUGACCAUGUUUGAAAUAUUAUUCGCGAAUUGGGCCCCACCCUGUAGAGUCCUCGUGGACAACGUGAGCGAAUGGUUCUCUCUGUUUUUCCUGGUCUACCGAUGCAUCAUUGGAUUUGCAGUGUUGAAUGUCGUAAAUGCGGUCUUCGUGCAGCAGACCAUGAAAACAGCUAGCUUCGACGAAGAGCUGGCUUUCAAACAGAAGGAGAGGGACGUCAUAACAUACACCAACAAGGUUCGAAGGCUGUUUCAAACCAUGGACGAGACAGGGGACGGAACGCUGAAUUUCGAGGAGUUUUCCAAGCUCGUCACAUCGCCCAAGCUGAAGUUCUGGAUGAGUCAGCUCGAGCUGGACUAUCACGACCUCUUGAGUCUGUUCGAAUUCCUGGAUAAUGGAGAUGGGCAGAUCACACUCAGCGAGUUCAUCGAG